UGCAACAGGAACCAAAAUCAAAAUGAAAGCUAUCGUGUUGGCGAUGUUCGUGGCCGCGGCCCUGGCUGACAAGCCCUCCUUCUCCUACGACGCCCCUGCAUCCCGCCCAUCCGGCCCCGUCAGGGUGGUCGAAAUCGUCCGCGACGAUCGAGUCCAUCCUGCCGCUGACGGCUCUUACACCUUCGACGUCGAGACCGAGGACGGCAUCGUCAGGCACGAGGCUGGCGGCCCAGGAGGUGCUCAGCAAGGCUCAGUCAGCUUCACCUUCCCGGACGGCCAAGUGUUCGACCUCCAGUUCGUCGCCGACGCUAACGGUUACCAGCCUCAGUCGCCCUUCCUGCCCGUGGCUCCUGCCUUCCCCCACCCCAUUCCCGCCCACGCCCUCGAGCAGAUCGAGCGAGGGGCGUCUUGA